GCUGCCAGCAGCGCUGGAGCUGCCCGAGCCGCAGCGGAGCCGCUGUUCUCAGCUGCAGCCAGGAUCUGCCCCCGGCCCCGCUGGGAUCCAGACAGGCUGCAGAAUGUUUUGCUCCAGCUCAUCCCAGCCUGGCGUGGGACAGGGAAGAGAAAUGGCUGCAGUGGAGUCAGUCCAGGGGCUGGUGACCUUCAAGGAGAUGGCUAUGUAUUUCACCAGGGAAGAGUGGGCUCUGCUGGACCCCACUCAGAGAGCCCUCUACUGGGAUGUCAUGCAGGAGAACUAUGAGACUGUGACCUCGCUGGGCCAGAGAAUAACAUCCAUGUUUCGCUGCAGAUCAUCUCGUCCUCCCAGGGGCAAGGAAAUGGCUGCAAUGGAGCUGGCUCAGGUGUUUCCAGAAGUUCUCUUGUGUGGAGAAUGAGGCCAAGAGAUGAUGUCACACCCCACCUUAUGUAGCUUUUCCAUAUGGUGGGAACCUUUUG